UGUCUGGAAAAAGAUCAUGUCCAUCUCGUUACGAACAUCCUUUUUGGCGGCGAUUCCAAUCUACUAAGGACUUUAACAAAGACGCGGUCCACGUCCGUCAGAGAAGGGUGCUAUCCCGCAUCGAAAGCGGACUAGGCAAGCACUCGCACUGCUGGAUGUUUGUGGCGGCUAUUAACAACGAAUUAUGAGGAGAGCUGCUUGUCCCGCUGACUGUGUUCAUAAACCUACCGUGGCAUGAAUCUGAUAUCGUGAUUGAGAAACUGCAUUUGUGCUCAGUCGCUAAUACAAGGAAAGAUGGGAAACCAACUACUUGGAAUUGUCCUGACGUUGGGGUUUGUUUUAGAGUGUAUCGAGGCCAAGAAAUACUGCUGGUAUUUUGAAGGCGGAUACCCCAUCUACUUCAUAUGUCGCUCCUAUGAAGACUGCUGUGGGACGCGAUGCUGUAUCAGGGCCUUGUCCCUCCAGAGGCUGUGGUACUUCUGGCUGAUGCUGAUGAUGGGCGUGCUCUUCUGCUGCGGUGCCGGCUUUUUCAUUCGCCGUCGGAUGUAUCCCUCCCCCCUGAGUGACGAGCCGGCCUUCAACGUAUCAUUCACUAGGCAGCCAAUCAGCACUCCAGUAUCCCAGCAACCAGGAGCUCAGAUGUUUGGUGACCCUGGAGGUUCUGCUACAACGCCAAUAGUCCCCGCCUACUCUGCCACGCCUGGCCCCCACAUCUUCAGCUCGUACCCGCCUCCUCCAUCCUACUGCAACCACCCGCCCCCCUCCUACGACCAGGUGGUCAACAACACAGAGAAGAAGUAGAAGAAGUGGGACUGAUGGCCACUCACAGCUCCUUGCUCAACAUGUAGGGGGCGCUCUAGGCGCGGCACUCCCUCUGAAACUCUGAUCAAACAGAUCCACACCUAAGAGGAGGAGAAGUCAGAUUUGUGUGUUUGUGUGUGUGUGUGUGUGUGUGUGUGUGUGUGUGUGUGUGUGUGUGUGUGUGUGUGCUCGCGAAAUGCUCAGAAACAGAUCCUACUGUAUGUGUGUGUGUGUGUGUUUGUGUGUGAUCAGUGCACUGUCCUCAGGAUCUUCUUCACUUAUUGAUGUUCCUGAGGCCAAAUGACAGCCUGCUCUGAACUAGUGAUGGACCAGAACAGGACACAUGGAACUUGGAACACACUUACUGAAUUGUUGGAGAACUCUGUAGCAAAUUAACAGAACAUUUUAAUCUUUACUGUCUUCCUUUAUAAACUGUGCUUGUGUUGUGCUUGUGCGUGUGUGAGUGUGUGUGUGUUUGCGUGUGUGUGUGUGUGUGUGUGUGAGUGUGUGUGUGUGUGCGUGCGUGCGUGCAUGUGAAAGGCAUUGUUCUGCUGAGGAAUCAUUAACCAGAUACACAGGUGGGUGCCAGGCUUCCUUGAGGCAGAUGGGAAGGAGUGGGUUCCCACGGUAACCGAGUAGGUGCCAUGGGAGCGUCGCCAGUUGGCAUGACAGGGCCUCUAAGCCGUGCAUUUCUCACAAAACAAUGCCUUCAUUUGCAAACACGCAAGCCUAUUAUCCCUUCUGUUAUCAAAUGGAUAUUCCCCCAUGUUGGUUCAGAAACACAAGGCACUGAUUCAUCAUCUGUUUGCUGUUCAGUCCUUCAGCAUCAUCAUUCCUGGGGCACGUCUAGCAACCAGAUCUCUGAGAACAGCCAGCAGAGGCCCAGUCUUGUACUUUUACAUGUAUGCAUUCAGGCCAUGCUUUUAUUUCACACCACACUAAGUGUAGAGAAGACAUGCUCUUCCCUCAGUGUGUGUAUCACACCUCUAAGUGCGGUGUUCUCAGCCCCUAGCUCCAAGUGCUAGAGGCUUGUGACCCCCCUCUCCAAAACAACAGAAGUCAGUGGCCCCCAGUACUAUAAUCUUGGAAAGGCCUGCUGUGCAGAAGCAGCUGUACGGUUUACGCAGUUCAAAGCCUACUGUUAAUUGCUUCCGUCGAAGCGUCAGGCGAUCAGCUGCUGUCGAGCGAUGUGCUGGCGGCCUGGCUGUUCCAGAUGACGCUUUAUGGAGAUGUUCUGUAGAGAUUAGGAGCCACGCUCCACAGGGUGCCUGGUGGCCCGCACCAAAUCACUCUCCUCCAAACGGCGCCCAUCAGAGCUCUCUGGACGCGACUCUGCACCAGCUGUGGUGCCGAUGUACAGCCAGAUACGCGCCAGAUUCGGUCCAGAGUCGAUAUUGGUUCCUAUCUCGUGCUGGAAUAUGCGGGAGAAUAACGGCAGAGUUAUCUAAGCCAUCGUGUUUGUCCCUGUGCCAUGUUUUCCAUGAAGAGAAGAGAGGAAGGGAGAUUUCAGAGACUUGCUUGUUUGUGACGAUCAAUGACCUCCGGAUGCCAACCAAGGGGAGAGGACAGAUUAAGACACUGCACUCGUAAAAGUCAAGUGAUAUUCUUUCCCAGAUAAUGGUGGAUCACAAUAACAGACAUCUGUCAUUCAUAAAAACGGAAAUAUUCUGUUUAAUCCAGCCAUAUUAUGGACUGCUGAUAAGAUGGAACAUUGAAACUUGAAACACGACCGUAGGACAGCAACAUGUCUGACCCUCUGUGUUUUGGUCACAGUCGAUUCGAUGACUGUGACUGACUCUCCACCUCUGGAAACACAAAUACACAUACAGUAACAAGGAUCAAUACAAGUGAAAUGUCUGUUUUGAAGGUGCUUGAUACUGAUGUUUUCAAAAAGACAAUGCGAUGUGGUGGUGCAAUAACCCUGGAAUUAAACAUAGUAGUUGUAACCAAUGUUAGUAGCUUCAUCACCCAUGGAACUAACUGACUGGUGAUGGCAUUGAUCUAGAAAAAUGUUUUAUUUACCUGACACUGAAGAUAAUGUCACGUCGUGUAAUACAGCACACUUAUCGUCAUUAUAAUUUCUCUCCCUUGCCUGUUAACAGUAAUACGAUCUGCACUUUUUAAACCUGCAUAAUGUAAACAGCCAUCUCUGGUGAAUGAAAAGCCCAUUUAAUUUCAGAUAUUGGCUCAUUGUUGGUGUAUAUGUUUUUCUUUUUUAAACUAACUGCGUGAUGGUUGAGCAGCCUUAUUGGAUUCUGUUUUGACAUUGCAGCUAUGAGGAGAUUAUUGCUGUAUUAUGGACUAAUGGAAGCUGUGCAACUGAAUUGUUUCUACAUUGUGUGUAGGGGUCAGGUGAGUCCAAUAUGGAAACCUCCAGAGCAACAGCUAAACAAAUGUGAUGCAGCAUUGCAAACGACUGGAUGUCAAACGCAAGCUUGUGUUCUUUUUUUUUCUGCAGUGCCAGAAUUGUACCCAAUAAAUGCCAGAAUUCAGUUUGAGGCGUCAAAUUUAUGAGGAAAUAAAUGUUUUAUGCUGUGUAAUGUUGUGCUUGUGUUUUGCUAAUAUGUUUCUCUCUUUUUUUGUCAUUUUUUAUCUAUGCAACAGACAGACGUAUUUGUAUAGCUACUUGUUUGCUUAAUAUGUUUACCACAGCCAUAAUUUGUUUCUACUGUUACAAUGAAUUCAGUUUAAAACAGUUGCUAAGUAACAAAAACAAUAAAGCUUUCCUCCAUAAAA